UUUUCCAAUCAGAUACGACCAGAGGCGGGAUAACCGGUUUUCAUAACACUUCUCACUUGUACAUAUAUAACAAGAGCUCCAGACCCGUCGUAAACAUAACAGUGUUUGAAUGUUAUUACCUAGCAAUAACAUGUUUGGACCGGCUUUUUAAGCAGGGACUUCAGUUUAGCCCCCUCAAGAUGAAGCGCCUUUACCUGGUGGAGCCGGUGGUGGCUCUCUAUGCUUUUAGCAGCUUUCUCAUCUACCCGCUUGUGCAGCAGUAUGUGUACAGGAGGCUUUGGCAGCAGCUGACCAACACCACCUAUCCAGUCUCUGAUAACACCUCCAGAUGUGCACCAAGUAACAGCAGCAGCAACCACACUAAUUUCCAUAAGGAGGUGCAGAAGCAGGCGUCUAUUUUCUCCCUUUAUUCCGAGCUCCUCUCCACAGCCCCGUCUUUGAUAGUCACCCUUUUGUUGGUGGCCUAUAGCGACCGGGGGGGACGCAAAAUCACCAUCAUCAUGCCCCUGAUCGGCAUGCUGAUCUAUACAACCACCUUCUUGACUGUGUCCUUCUUUGAGCUCAACGUCUACCUUCUAAUUGGCUCUUCGUUCCUCAGUGCUAUGUUCGGGGGUAUCAGCACCUUUCUUGGGGGCUGUUUUGCCUACAUAGCAGACUUGUGCCAGGACGACCGGCAGAAGACGCUGCGCAUGGCUGGAGUGGACAUGAUGAUUGGUCUGUUGUCUGGCUUGGCCGCAAUAUCUACUGGCUACUUUCUGAGAGCUGCAGGUUUUAACUGGCCUUUCCUAACUUCAGCCUUGUGCCAGUGUCUGAUCCUAAUCUAUGCAGUUUUUAUCCUAGAGGAGACUGUGAAAAAGACUCCUGCUAAUGGCAGUAACUUAGACGGGUCUCCCCAGCGCCCUAGCUUGAGACAGUUGAUCUUUGGGCUCUGUCAGAUCUUUGCAAGGGCGAGCUACAGGUGUAAAACAGUUUUGGCCCUACUGAUGAUCAUCUUCACCAGCUUCAUCUUUGCCUACGUUGGAGGCAUCUCCUUGGUGACGUUGUACGAGCUAAACGAGCCGCUGUGCUGGACUGAGAUUCUGAUCGGCUAUGGCUCAGCACUGUCCACCACGGUGUUCCUGACCAGUUUCUUGGGAGUGUCAGCGUUCACAUACUGUGGUGUUCCACAGCUGCUCAUUGUCGUGCUGGGGAUCCUGUCUGUGGCGUCGGGGUUGAUCAUGGUGGCAUUCGCAAAGACCACAGUGCUGAUGUUUUUAGCGAGAAUCCCCAUGCUUCUUUCCAUCAUGCCUUUCCCUGUUCUGCGCUCGGUGAUGUCAAAGAUCAUCUCCAAGUCUGAGCAGGGAGCCCUGUUUGCUUAUCUUUCCUUUCUGGAGGGCUUAUUUAACAAUGUUGGAUCUGCAGUCUUCAGCAGUAUCUAUGCUGCCACGGUGGGGUGGUACCCUGGUUUUGCCUUCCUUUUAGCUGCGGGAUUUUGCGUCAUCCCUUUAUCUGCCCUUGGGGCAGUGGCAUUUAUCGGAAUGGAUGUCUCCACUGAACCCAGAAGGUCAGAAGAUUUAACCUCCAAGGAGGACGGCCAGGCUGAGAAUGAAAAUGAAACCAGUCCUCUUCUAAACUCUUCUUCCAUCAACACCUCAGCAGCCCCUUGUUAGAUUAUUUGCCUUUCAAGUACUUCAGCAACUCUCGUUUUCAGUUUUUUGGUUUAAUACCAAAGAUAAGUUCCAGUUUUUUGUUGUUUAACUGGUUUUGAUGCAGUGCUUCUUCAUUUUGCAGGAACUUUGUUGCUCAGUUAGCAACCAAGGUUUUAAUUCCUCAAGACUGAUCUUCAGUCAGAAAUGUCAUUUAAUGACGAUAAUUAUGUUUUAGAAGGAGAAAAUGAGCUUUAUCUUUCUCAGGGAAAUAUAAGCGUGUGGCUGUAUUAGAGAUGUAUAAUUAUUUUUUUAACUUCUGGUUGAUUAAUGUGCGGUGUAACUGAUUAUUGCAAUGUCAUUUCCAGAGUUACAUCUCCUUCCAACAUGUUACAAUUAUUAACUUUUGACUGUCAAUUUAUUAAUUUGUUUGGCCAACUGAAGCUGCUUUUUUCAUACAGUUUGCAGCAAUCCAUUUGACCACAUUCACAACUUUUCUCAAAUAGCCAAGGCACAAAAAUGAAUCUUGCCAAAAAAAUCUCCAUGUUAACUAAUACCAGAAUGGUGUGAAUAAUAGUUUUAGUUUUACAGUUUUAUUUAGAUCAGAAUUUUUUUUUUUUCAAAAAUAUUUGCAUGAAAUGUUGUUACUUUAUGUGUUACAUACUUUCUGUCUUCUGGUCUGUUUUCAGUUAUAAUUAAAUGUAAAAGUGUGAAAAAUAUGAAAGUAAUUAAAAACAAAAUAUUACAUUAGGGAAGAAGGAGUUAGAAGGGAAACAAACCAUUGACUUUACAACUCAUGUAUUUGUGCUUAAGAACAAUUGCUUUUUUUAAAAUAAGAAUUUGAUGAGAAGAGUAUGUUACUUUAAUCCUUUUCUGAAGAAGCCUUGCUUAUUAGGUGAGCACAGUGGCUUUGGAUGGAAACGGUCACUGAGGAACUAAAAUGUUUCUCAGUUCAGGUACACAUAUCCUGGGCAUGGCAGUUAUCAAUACUGUGUGUUGUAAUCUUCAACAUGAAAAAUAAUCUGUAGAGAUGACCUUAGCUUACAGAGAAACACCCACAAGAAUUGAUAUCUUGAUUCCAAAUGUUACCAAAAUGAAGACAUUCUACAACACUUCAUGAAUCAAAGGUUAGGUUGAGGAAAUGUGACUUCUAUAUCACGAAGCACUUUAUAUUAGUUAAAGUAUCGUAAUAAAAUGAGCACAUUAAACAGU